AUGCCCGCGCGAUUGCGCUUCGCGAGCAGAUCUGAACCCCGCCGUUCAUCGUCCAGAAUAAACAUGACAGAAACGUCGGUUGGGGUGGUGCGUGCGCGGGUGCUCCAGGCGGCAGCCUGUCACUUCGCUGCAACGCGACCCGGACCCAAACGCGUGAGGUGGAAAGGCAGCUCUCUCCGGCCCCGCCACCGAUGCGCAGCAGGGGAAGACGCCCGCCUUGGGAACUGGAGGAUUCGGCUAGUGAUAUUGAGAGUGAACGGAGGGCGGUGCUCCAGGCGGAGGCGAAGCUGGUCACUUCCUGCAACGCGACCCGCGACCCAACGCGGGAGGAGGGAAAAGGCCAGCUUUCUCACGGCUCCGCCCACCGAGUGCGCAGAGGGGAAGACGCCCGCCUUUGGGAGACUCUCCGUGGUGGCGACGGUGGUUCGAAUUGCGCGCAGAGAAAAGUGA